AUGGCGCCAAAACCCAUCAUUGCCCCCUCAAUCCUCGCCUCCGACUUCGGCAACCUCGCGCACGAGUGUUCCCGGAUCAUCAAAUCGGAAGGUGCAGACUGGCUACACAUCGACAUAAUGGACGGGCACUUCGUUCCGAACAUCACCAUCGGCGCGCCCGUGGUGACCUGCAUCCGCCGCAGUGUGGACAGGAGUGAGGAUUGGGCGAAGGGCGUUUUCGACUGUCACAUGAUGGUUGCUGAGCCGCAGAAAUGGCUCCAGGACUUCAAAGAUGCCGGGUGCGAUCUCUACUGCUUCCAUCACGAAGCGGCGGAGAUCUCGAAGGAUCCCAAGACCCCGUCCGCCGAAUUGAUCGAGAACAUUCACGCCUUGGGGUUGAAGGCGGGUGUUGCGAUCAAGCCUGGUACGCCGCCUGAUAUGGUGCUGGUGAUGACAGUAGAACCGGGCUUCGGAGGACAAAAGUUCCGCCCCGAGUGCAUGCCUAAGGUAGAGGCUCUCAGAAAGAGAUAUCCAGAGUUGGAUAUCGAGGUCGAUGGUGGGUUGGGAUUGGGAACUAUCGAUCUGGCGGCGGAAGCCGGUGCCAAUGUGAUUGUUGCGGGGACGGCUGUGUUUGGGGCGCAGAGUCCUAAGGAGGUUAUUGCGAAACUUAGGGAGACGGUGCAGAGAAACUUGUCCAAGUGAGAAGAAAAAAAGGGGUCGGACUUCUCUAUUAUUUUAUACUUCCUUCUUUCCUCCCACCCUUUUUUUUUCCUUCACUUUUUGGGGAGGUAUCUUCUUUUAAAUGGGGGUAUUUCCCCACACAGGUUGAGCUUAGGUGUUGGUCGGUUGAUUUUUAGGAAUAGUUUCUAAUUUAUUGAUUGAACCUUUGAGGCGAA